AUGGGGCAAGAUCAUCGUAGGUUGGAUUCGAAAGUGAUUGCACAACACAUUUUCACGAUGGUCAAGGCGUCGCACAGAAAGGUUUGGCUUGCAAAACAGAGAGUCAUCGCUAGAAUAUAUGGCGAUUGGGAAGAGUCAUACAACGAGCUUCCUUGUUGGUUAUUCGCUAUGCAGAUGUACUUGCCAGUGACACAGUCGUGGCCUGUCUCCACCGACACUGUGAUGUUUCAUCGAGUCUUUUGGAUGUUUCCACUGUGUGUUGAGGCCUUCAAGCAUUGCAAGCCACUUAUCUCUAUUGAUGGCACCCACCUAUAUGGUAAAUACGGUGGAACUUUGCUGAUGGCCAUAGCGCAAAACGGCAAUGCAAACAUUCUGCCCAUUGCAUUCACAGUUGUUGAGGGCGAGACAAAGGAGGCGUGGUCGUUCUUUCUUUCGUACUUAUGGGAGCAUAUUACACCACAACCAGGGCUGUUAGUGAUUUCAGACAGGAACAAGUCCAUUGAUGGAGCACUGAAUGUCGAAGGGAGUUUAUGGAAACCACCUCAUGCCUUCCAAGCGUUUUGUACAAGACACAUUGCAGCCAACUUCAUGACCCACUUUAAGAACAAAGACUUGAAAAAGGUUCUUAUUAAUGCAGUGUACUCAAAGUCGCAUCGUGAGUUCACUCAUUACUAUGGUCGUUUGAGGGGCGAAAACAUAGCUAUUACAAACUGGCUUGAAGAAAUGCCACGGUCACAGUGGGCACUACAUGCUGAUGAGGGACGUCGAUUUGGUCACAUAACGACCAAUAUCUUCGAGUGCAUUAAUGCUGUUAUGAAAGGUUUCCGCAAUUUGCCAAUCACGGCUCUUGUUAAGUCAAGUUAUUUUUGUUUGGGUGAACUUUUUGCAAGGAAGGGUUCCGAGGCACUGGCUAUAGAAUUCAACUCGAAGCAUGUGAACACUAUGAAUGUAUACCAGUUUGAUCGGUCUAGGUCAAACUUCACGGUUGAAGAGUUAGCGGCAGUUUCGGGAUCCACUGUGUGA